CUUACCUAGGUGGACCAUGUAAACUUGACGCAUCUUACAGGGAUAAAUGACACCAGAAACAAGAUGGCAACAAAUAAAAGUUUCUUUGGAUACGGUGGCCUUAUUCCAAUGUUUGAAAGAGAUGACGAUCUAUUUGAAUCAAAACUUUCAAAAGGAGCUGAUAUAUGUGCUGCAAUAUACCUGUUAUGUAUUGGUGUUCUCUCUACAAUAGGAAAUAGCUAUGUAUUAUUGAUGGCAUGUCGAAGGAAAAAGAAGCUCAGACCAGCUGAGAUAAUGACCAUGAAUUUAGCAUUUUGUGACUUGGGAAUAUCAGUGACAGGAAAACCAUUCGCCAUCAUAUCCUUUUUCAGCAAUCGCUGGGUGUUUGGCUGGAGCAUCUGCCAGUGGUACGGAUGGAAUGGCUUCUUCUUCGGCUGUGCUAGUCUCAUCACUAUGACAGUGGUCAGCUUUGACAGAUACAUGAAAAUCUGCCAUCUGCGAUAUGGUACUUGGCUGAACAGACGGCACGCCUUCAUUAGCCUGAUCCUUAUCUGGAUCUAUGCAUCCUUCUGGGCCACUCUGCCAAUGGUUGGAGUGGGGAACUAUGCUCCGGAGCCAUUUGGAACAUCCUGUACAUUAGACUGGUGGCUGGCCCAGUCUUCUCUAAGAGGGAAGGUCUUUGUAAUCAGCAUAUUGAUCUGUUGUCUUAUUCUGCCCACCGUUGUCAUUGUGUUCUCCUAUGCGAAGAUCAUCGCCAAAGUCAAGUCUUCUGCUCAAGAAGUGGCAAACUUUGAUACCAGUAAUCAGAAGAAUCACGCGCUGGAGAUCAGGCUGACCAAGGUGGCGAUGUUGAUCUGCGCAGGAUUCCUCAUUGCUUGGAUUCCCUAUGCCGUUGUGUCGGUCUGGUCAGCUUUCGGGAGCCCGGAUUCCGUCCCUAUUGAACUUUCUGUGAUACCGACUUUGCUGGCAAAAUCAGCGGCGAUGUACAAUCCCAUCAUUUACCAAGUUAUCAACUGCAAAUGCCCAUGCUUCAGAUCGGCCAAGACUCUGCAGAAACCCAAUUCCCGGAUUUACACCAUAAGCCAGUAUAAAAAAUCUGUCCCCUCAACGGACUAA